AACGCCACCACAGAACUGCGUACCCGCUAUGCCGGUCGCAUCCGUCCUGAACACGGAUUGACACCAACACAGUGGGAGACUUUUGUACGGGGCGCGCAUCGUAUCGCUCGGUCAGUACGAGACGAAACAGGACUUCGCACCGUUUUUCAUCCGCAUUGUGCCGGGUAUGUAGAGGCACCAGCAGAGGUGGACACGUUGAUGGCGCACACCGAUCCGAACCUCAUUGGAUUGUGUUUCGAUACGGGACAUUACCGAUUCGGUGGCGGUGAACCGAUUGAGGCAUUUACUCGCCACGCUGACCGGAUCUGGCACGUCCAUUUCAAGGAUUGCCAUCCCGAUGUCGCUGCCCGUUCUCGUAAAGAGGGAUGGGAUUAUUUCGAGUCUGUCGGCAACGGCGUUUUCUGUGAGUUGGGCAAGGGGGACGUUGAUUUCCCCGCGUUUCUUGCAGAAUUACGGAAGCGGGACUACGACGGCUGGAUCGUUGUGGAACAGGAUGUUUUGCCCGGUAUGGGGAGUCCUUAUGAGAGUGCGGAACGGAAUCUUCAGUAUCUGAAUUCGAUCUUAUAG